UCGUUUUCCUUCGGCAAAACGAAUUUCGUACUUGUAGUUCCCGUAAGGUUGAUAAACGCGUUGUUUUGACUGUAUCAGCUUCAGAUUAAUGAACUGUUGUGUUACCUCAAUGAAAACGGUGAACCCUGACGGUCUACCGUUCACUUAGGAAUGAAAGAUGAGGGCCUGUUCUAUUCGUCACGUCAGUUGGGCCUAUUAUUCUGAUAGGUAAAUGUACUUUGCAUAGAAGUAGGCGGUGCAGUAAUGCAGCUGUGCCAUGCGUUGCCGAUGCCUGUCUGCAUGGAGGACUAUCCAGCAUGUUGCACGCCAGUCAUGCCUCCGUCUACAUUCCCACCUCUGCAAGGUGGUGACAGUGCUGGCUGCUCUAAUCGUGUUGCAAUAUCUUAUUACUACAAUCUUUCAAGCACGACAAAUUGAACCUCUCUUCACAGUGAAUUUCACACAUUCCAGAAGCCAUAGUCACUGGGAUCGGAUCUCCCAUUCACGUGGUCUCUCGUUUCCAGCUCACAACUCAUCAUUUAAUGGAAGCAUGCAUGUUUCAGUGGAGAAAACUCUCUCUCCAGUUGAGAAUGUUUCUGGUGAAGCUAAGAACUCAUCUUUCCUUCCAACACAUGAGAAUGCAGUUGGGAAUGCCUCUAGCCUUCUAUCCAACAUUUCGUUGUCAUCAGUUAACCUAACAACAUCACCCAGUUUGACUGUCCCUUUUACAGGGAAAUCCCUCUGUCCACCCAUCCCUCCAAAUCUGAAUGGUCCAAUCAAAGUAGUAAAAGAUUCUCCAUCGCUUGAGGAGUUGGAGAAAAGGUUUCCUAUGUUGGAACCAGGAGGACAUUAUCGGCCACAGGAGUGUCAACCACGAGACAGAGUAGCUAUAAUAGUGCCAUACCGUGACCGACGUGAACAUCUUAGCACACUUCUUUUAAACUUGCAUCCCUUUCUUCAACGUCAACAGCUGGAUUAUGGGAUAUUUGUAGUAGAACAGGCAGGUGAUGGCCCAUUCAACAGAGCCAUGCUCAUGAAUGUGGGGUUUGUUGAAGCACUGAAGUUAUACAACUAUGAUUGUUUUAUUUUCCAUGAUGUGGAUCUUCUUCCUGAAGAUGAUCGAAACCUGUACUCUUGUCCAGAGCAGCCACGGCACAUGUCAGUAGCUGUGGAUGUUCUGAAAUACAAACUCCCAUAUCCAGGUAUUUUUGGUGGUGUGUCUGCCAUGACAAAAACUCAGUUCAAGAAAGUCAAUGGAUUCAGCAACAUGUUCUGGGGCUGGGGUGGUGAGGAUGAUGACAUGUCCAACAGGGUAAGGCACCAUGGCUACCAUAUCUCUCGUUAUCCUGCGAAUGUGGCUCGCUACAAAAUGCUUACCCAUCGUAAACAGCAUGCAAAUCCCAAGCGGUAUGAGUUCCUCAAUACGGGAAGAAAGAGAUUCAAAACUGAUGGCCUUAGCAGCUUACAGUAUGAGAGAAAGAAGCUGGAUAUUGGUAAACUGUACACUAGAAUUCUUGUUGAGCUUGCCACUCCCAGCUGAUGGAGCAUUUUAGCCAGAUUCUGGCAUAGUAAGUGAGCAUUGGACCAAUGGAAUAUGUAGUUUGCCUGUUCCAGCUGUAGUCUGGAGUGAGAGAGUAUGUGGUUAAAAAAGUUAUAUGUGUUCACCUUUUUCCCAGAAAGAUUUUGAUUGUACAUGAUAAGAUGUGUGUAAGUUACUGUAAUACCUGAUACUGCUGUAUGACACAGACUCUCUAAACCAUAAUCGUCUUGCAGUAUCAGUAGCAGGCCAGCAGAAUUUUGAAAUGUGGUACAUCUUUGCGCUGAUUUUGGUGUCAUAGUACAGUCCUGAUGUAAAUGCUGUUUGUAAGUAUUAAACAACUGAACACAUUUUGAAGCUGUCUUCAAGUAUUGAUUCACUUAACUGAGAACUUGAUUCUUAGAAAUAUUGAUCAAAAUAUUGUAGAAGUGGAGUUACAGAUUUCUGUAAAGCCAAUUAAAUACUAGUCCUUGAUAAUGGAUGAUUGUAUGUGGUCCAUUUAUGCUUUCUCAAUGCAGUACUCUCACAACUUGUAUGAUUUUUUACUUGUGCUGAAGUGCAAAGAGUAUUGUAUUCUGAAAUAAUGUAGUCACGUCAGUAAAAUCAGAAGGUCCUAUUUCCUGAGCGGAAUAGCAGACAUUACAAUUUUAAGGUGAAAGGGAAUGUACAGUCUAAAAAUAAGUAUUCUUCUCUAUGUGUAUAUUUACUUCAUGCUUUAAGCCAACUCAGUCUUUUGCUGAAGUGUGGAUUUAUACAGCACAGGAUUUACGUUCAAUGCAGUUACUUAUUUAGUUCAAACUCAGGUGACAGUUUCCCUUAGUAUUUGUAUCUUGUCCUGCCUCAAAACCUGAAAGUCACCUGCUUCAAUCUGUUAGAUUUACUAUAAAGUUGGUAAUGUUAUAAUCAUGGGCCUAUGUUACAGUUACAUAUGAAUCCACACUUUGUGUUUAUUUCCCAUCGUCAGAGACAAAGCUUCAUCACGUACAAUAUUGUGGUAUAUGAAUUGUAUGAGAGUAUUUGUGAUACACCUUGCUCAUAUACAAAUUAUGCUCUCACUAUGUUGUAGGGAACAAUUAAUAUGAUACUGUGUUUUCUCCUUUAUUUGGAAGUUGAAUGCUGAGAAGCUUUGGGUAUGAUAAUUAUCAUACCCAUGUCAUGGAUUAUAAUCCAUAUAUAGACUGAAAUACGAGGGCUAUUCAGGUAGUAACCUCCGGUGAGCUGCUAACAAGACAAGCAGUGAGAAAAAAAAUAUGUACAUACUUAAGCCACUUCUUAGCAUAGGAAGCACAAGAAUUGAGGCACUUGUCAUAUGGGGAAUAAGUUUUUGUAUGCCCAUGUCGAAGUCUGCCACCUGUGAGGUCAGCCAUAUUUUGACACCUUCCAUCAACUGCUCAUUAUUGCUGAAGCACUGUGAUCAUAACCAGUUCUUCAGAUAGGUAAACAGGUGGUAGUCACUUGGAGCAGGAUCAGGGCUGUAAGGAGGGAGGUCGAAUAGUUCCCAGUAGAAAUGCUCCAGGAGUGCUCAAGUGCGAGCAGCUGUAUGUGGAUGUACAUUGUCAUGGAGGAGCACUAUACUGGAUGUCAGCAUUCCACACCUUUUGUUCUGAAUAGCCUUACACGUUUUUUUUAGUCUUUCACAUGCAGUACACUUCUUACAUUGUGGUCCCUUGUUGCAUGAGUUCCACAAUCAGCACUCAUUUCCAGUUCCAUAAAGCAGCUGCCAUGAGCUUUCUGGCAGCAGACAACAUUUGUUUAGACUUUUUCUGCUUGUUUGGUGAAUGUGUGUGCAUUCACUUCUUUGACAGCUCCUGUGUUUCAACGUUUACAAAUGAAACCCAGAUUUCAUCACCUGUUACAAUAUGAUUGAGAAAUUCAUUGUCAUCUUUGUGGUAUCACUCUAAAAGUGUCAAAGCCAAAGCAAUUCUAUGCAUGUUUUUCACACCUAUGAGUAUUUUCAGAACCCAUCUUGCACAAAACUUGUGAUAGCCUAGCUUAACUGUGAUAAUCUUGUAGAGAAAAGUGCUUAAAAUUUGAGGAAAUUCACAUAAAUGUUCUGAAAUUGUGAAGUGCUGUUUUCACAAACUUUUUAUUCAACAUUUUGAACAAGAUCAUCACUCACUGCAGAUGGCAGACCAUUUCGCUCUUCAUUGUGAACAUUCCUUCACCCAUCUUUGAACAUUCUACACCACUGUCUUACAGUUCCUUCACAAAUUAUAUUUUGGCUGUAAACUGCAGCACGUAAAUAAUGUCACAUGUUUGGAAUCCAGAAGGGUUAUUUCCAUGGGAACGCUGGAACAGACUGUUCCGUAGGAAGUAACAAUAGCGGUAUUGUAAUUCUAACAGUGAGCCGUUGCAUCGAGAACGCCGAAACCCCCUGGAGAUGAGUCUCCACGGUUAUAACGAGGGUUCAUUGCAUAGCAGCGGCCGAGGUUAUAAAAAGGGUUGAAGGCAUUUGCCAAGUCAGUUGGAACCUAGACGCCAUACGAUAUAGAAGGAAACAGCAAGAAGUUAGUAUUGGGAUAGCCAUCGCCGAAGACAGUUGAGAUCCAGCCAUGGCCAAGGACAGUACAAGCAUCGAAGUAGAGACAGAAGUCAAGCGAUACUGCGAGUAAUAAUAAGAAGUGAAGCACAAUAAACAUUCGCUAAAUCCGAGACCCACGUGAAGUUAUUUGUCGCGUGACAUACCCAGCACGUGAAAACUGGUGUCAGAAGUGGGAUCAGUUUGGAUUCUGAGGUGAAUCUGUUGUAAUGCCACGCGAGCUAAAAUGGAGUUACAGCA